CCUAAGUAUACCUAAGUGUACUACAAUUAUACGCAGCACGGACAUUACGUCAUUUAAAAACAACAAACAAGAGAUUGAAGAGAAGCGAAAAUAUGGCAGUGAAUCAAACAAAAGCCCAAAACGGUCAACUUUUCUUGACAAACGACUAGUAAGUGAAGAAAAUCUAUAAUUUAAAAUGUAAUUCAGUUCCUUCUCACCACGUUCACGUCUUUACAGUGUCCUAACUGACAAGGAUGGGGUUGAAUUCAGCUUUGAAAAAUCGGGGAACUUGCCUGGAUAUUUAUUGGCUCCUAGGAAAGGAAGGCUGAUUUUAACUGGACAGAAGGUAGCUACAUCGUUUAAAUCGUACACAGAGCAAAUGUUGAUUGUAAGGAAAUGUAAAAUGUUUCUCUUUUUAUUGUAUCUUGUAGGUUAUUUUUGUAAACUCAAAACCGAAUGACCAAUGUCAGACAAUAACUAUGGCGUUUCAUUUCAUACGUAAUUUAGAGGUGAAUUUGAAUAUGAACCGUAGUUAAUAUAGUCUAACUUUAAUAAAAUAUGUAGAAGAAAAUUUCAGGUAUCAAAGUAGAUUAUCACACCUCACAGUGGCCUGUAUAUAUAGUUUAAAAGGCAAAAUUGGCCCCAUACUUAGCAAAAUUGUGCAAUUGACAAUACAUUUGGUUCCACAACCUCAGACUGACAGACUCAUUCUGCAACGGACAAGCAAAAUACAGGUAUCAAAUUUAAACAUCGGGUUUUUAGGGGCCGAUUAUAUGGAGGCAAGUUACCCACUAAGCAAGUUGAAAACUGCAUAUAAUGAAAGACUAAUUAGCCUGAGCAUCAAUCUUAUGUGCUUUCCAACUCGCUUAGCCAAGUAAUUUGCCUCCAUCUGGUAAGGGCCUAAGUCCAUCAAUUAAGUCACAACUUUUCAUUGUUUUGUAAAUCCCACUGUUUCCCACACUAUCCAGUCGUUGCUUGCUUUGAUAUCUUUGUGAAUGCCAGAAAAACAGUAUCAAUUUGUGAACUUUGCUUUACAUGCAAUUGCCAGAAAAAUCAUUACAUUGGAUUGUUAUUAAUGAAAACCCUAAAUAUUUCACAAAUUACUAAUCACAAUCUCCCUGUAAAUUAUAUAGAUAAAACAGCCGAUAUUUGGAGCAAACUAUCUUCAGGCGGACCUCACUGCCGAGCCAGGAGGUACUUUCACUCUAAUUUAGUUUUCAUAAUAUGUCCUGGUUUGUCAGAGCUACCUGAAAAAUAUUAUGUAAAAUAUGACCUACAUUGAGUCCUAUGUUUGUGGUAUGGAUAUAUUUACCAACAUAUAUGUUUUUAGGUUUGUAUUUAAAAUAAUCUUAUUAAUUCUUCCAGCUGGUUGGCAAGGUGAUGCACUUUUUAAAGUGACCUUUUCCAAAGGUGGAGCCAUUGAGUUUGCAGAAGCCUUUCAAAGGGCGGUCCGAAAUGGUAAAACACUAUAAUAUGGACACCUCUCUAAUAAGGAUAUCUCUCUAAUCCAUACACCUCUCUAAUAUGGACUCCACUCUAAUACAGGCACCUCUCUAAUUCAGACACAUAUCUAAUACAGACACCUCUCUAAUAUAGACACCUCUCUAAUGCAGACACUUCUCUAAUAGGGAACCCUCUCUAAUACAGACACCUGUCUAAUACAGAUAUCUCUGUAAUACAGACACCUCUCUAAUACAGAUACCUCUAAUACAGGCACCUCUCUAAUACAGACACCUCUCUAAUCAGACACCUCUCUAAUCAGACACCUCUCUAAUACAGACACCUCUCUAAAUACAUACAUGUCUAAUAUGGGCAUCUCUAUUAUGGACACCUCUCUAAUAUGGACAUCUCUCUAAUACAGGCACCUCUUUAAUACAGACACCCCUCUAAUUUGGACACCUCUCUAAUAUGGACAUCUCUCUAACAAGGGCACUCCUCAAAUACGGACAUCUCCCUAAUAGGGACACCUCUCUAUUAGAUAUCUCUCUAAUACACCCAUCUCUCUAAUACCAACACUUCCCUGUCUUUGUACACUGUCCAUAUUGGAAACAUCCAACUGUAUUCUAUUUCUUCAAUCUCUGCUGGCUAUUUAUGGCAAUUUGAAUUAUUCUCUCAGCCAGGACAAAUGGUCGUCCAGCGAUGCAUCAACCAGCGAUGAAUGGUCAUUAUUUCGUACCACCACAACCUCAACCUGGUCCUGCUAAUGGUUACUAUGGUUACCCAGCUGCCGGUUAUGUCCCACCACCCGCUUACCAACCACCCGCUUACCAACCGCAGGUACAAUUGUCGAAGGAGAUCAGUGACUGCAUGGUUACAUUACAACAUUCUGUGUGUUGGUGAACCAGUGGUCACCAUAGCAAGAAAUAAUAUUUUUCGUUCCUGGGAUCCUAAGUUUUGGGAUCAAAGUUUUCUGCCAAACUCACUAACAUUCUUCCUAACACAGUAAAUUAUUCUCUGUGCCGGUUAGCAUUAUGCAAUAGCCGUUUUCACAUUAGAAGACGGACAAGUCGUCUUAAAAUCGUCUUUUAGUCGGACAAAUCAUCAGACGUGAAAACGUGUCAUACAAAAUUUUAGACGAACAAGUUGUCUGAAUUUGUUUGACUACUUGUCUGUCUGUGAAGACAAUUUUUUAGGGACGAUUUGUUCUCUAGACGACUUGUCCGUCUCUAAUAUGAAUAGGGCUAUUGCCCUAAAACUUUACUCCCAGCUGAGCCAGGUCUGAAAAUUUUCUGAGAUCCUAGAUGCCAGGAUCUGCCAUUAUUUCCUGCUAUGCUAUUAUUUUAAUUAGUUCUGUGACUGCAAUAUGCAAGGAAUGACUCCCACUGGAUCUUUGAGAUUCUUAAGGACAACAGUUCAGAACUGAUAGAGCUACUCAGUAUAAGUUUAGUUUAGACCCAGUAAAUCUAUCUGUGUCAGUUAAAUUUUUUCUCUGUUCUUAAUUUUCUAUCUAGCCGUACCCACCACCUUACACUGGUGCCCCACCGAUGCAAUAUAACCCGUACCAGGCUACCGCACCGCCGCCACAACCUGGUGCUGGUAAGGAUUUUAUCUCCAUUUACCUCAUCAUUUUGACAUGGUCAUCAUUUACAGCAUUUGCCAACAGGAUCCACUCUGCAAAGCUAGGAAAGCUAGUAAUUUUAUAGUUCCAAAUUUCACAAUGCAACGUACUCAGCACUGAGAUAGCACUAACUUGCUGUCGCCAAGUGUGACCAUGUUUACGUCAGCAAAAAUGCAAGACUGUGUCAAGUUCGUACUCGUAUAAAUUGCUGUGAAAAACGCUACCUUAGGGCUUUUGGCAAGAGGUUUCAAACAGGGGAUUCACUAUGUAUGACAGUAAUCUAUCUGACAAAAUUGUUCACUAUAUGUAUUUGGUGGCAAAUGCGUUUCAUGGAAACAUUUUGCAUCAUUUGUUCGUUUCUUCAAGAGUCAAUGCGUUUGAAGUUGGUUUGAAUAUGCAACACCACACAAAACUGAAUAUAGAUAAUAUAGUCUUUUAGUCAAAUUGUAGUAAGAUCUAACCUUCUGUUGAUGUUAUUUUAGGUGGCAAAGCAGCUGAAGCGUAUGCCUCGGGACAAAAUGUUUACGUUCCAGCACCUCAGGUAAACCAGAGUAGUGAAAACAUAGACUGAAACAUGUCUGAUGUAUAACACAUUUGCCAAAUUCACAAAAUUUGACUAAAUAGUGACAGUUUAAAAUUUUGUAUUUUUAGGGUAACUUUGCACCGUCUGCCCCACCACCUCCUUACGAAGCCAGCAGCAAAAAGGAUCAAUAAACAUAUUUCAAUGAAAAUGAACUUAAUAUAAUUAAUGUAGAUGGUGUUUUAUGAGGGCAGUUUAAUAUUCUGUCUGUGAACAGUUAUCAUAAAAUAAUGCAUGGGUAAGCCAUUGUAGUAUUUAAAUGACGUGUAAAUGUAAAUGGUUAUACAACGGGGGCAUGUUUAAGCAUGUUAGUGGAACUUUAACAAAAAAUUAAGUAUUAUCAAGUAGAAUAUUCUGAAUGACUAAAGUGGUUGCUGCUGAUUAAAGAAGAUGCAUGUAGUCAGUAGUCAUACAAUUAUUAUCGUAUCAUAUAAAUUAUCAUUUUGAGCAUAUGUGUUUUCCACUGGGGCUUUAUUUUUCGACCGAAUCGAAAUUUUCUUUUUAUUUGUCUUGCAAGCACUUAGAUGGAACUAAUCAGAAAUCUUUUGAAUUUGAACAAUAGAAAUUUCGGUUCGAUCGAAAAAUUUCGCCUAGUGGAAAACCGCCUUUGAUGAUAAGAAUAUAAAAACGUUGCGUUCUUGUUGCUUAUGCUUGUAGUGAGGGCACAUCGAGAAGAACGCAAGUAUAAGAACAUCAAAGGGUUCUGCACGACUGGGCAACUUAUGCUUGCAUUGUAGUGAGGACCAGGCUCUUGUAUAACAAUACAAAUUCUACUAACAAUAUAUAUAUAUAAAUUGACAAGGGGGCACACCAUGAUAAGUUGUCUUCUCUUCUUUUUCGACAUUUCGCUA